UGCAGUGUAAUCCAAGAAAUAAAGUCUGCGAUUCGGGAAGGUGCAAAUUUCACAUGGACCAAAAUACGAAGAUAUUAAUCCCAACAAGGCCAUGCCCAAAAAACAUUUGUGAUACGCUCCGUGAUGUCAUAGAACAGAAACACAGAUUUGGGAAACCAUCAUGGAAGAAUACUGAUGCAAGGAAAUGGUGUGUAAACGCGUGGGAUAUUGCCAAGUGCUUUAUGCCCCCAGAUGGCUACGCAGAUGUGGACAAUGAGGACGAUACUGACUUAAACGGGAUAAUUAGUGUCUACAUCAACUGUAAAGAAUUUCAACAGUAAUUUACCGCUGACCUAUCCCUUCAACGCAAUCUUUGCACCAAGGUCCGAGAUGUUGGGAAGCAUGUCCGCCAUGCCCCGAAACCGGAAGUUACUGACGAUAACUUGAAAGUCUGGUUUACAGACCUGAAGGCCUUAUUAUCUGACCCAACAUUUCACAAAGCAAAUCCCCGUGCGCAAGAUGCCAUAGACCAGCUUGAUAAGCUGGAGAGUGACGACUGUGUGAUUCCACCUUCAGACAUCAAAGCAGCACUUGAAGGGCUAGAGAGGAAAGCGAUUGACCUUGUUGACGUGCUUCAGAGGAAAACAGAUGAAGGCGUCCUUGCUUUACAAACGGCUGAAAAUAUAGCCACUCAAAACAUAAAAUCGUUGAAUGAAAGUGAUCAGUCCUUAUUUAAAUCAGAUCUGAAGAAAGGUCUCAUCGUAUAUCAUGGCACAAAUAACUGCUCGCUACCGCUUGGUCAUUGCUUAGAUCUGGAAGAUUCAGGACUUGAGGACCUCUAUUUAUGGCCAAACAUUAGUAGGGUUAUUCUUCAGUCGAUUCAUAAAGACAAGACAUCAAUAGAACAGAUUACAGAACCUCUUUCGAAUUUGGAACAGUUGUUCAGUUCGAAAGGUAUCAUAUUUCUCACCGCAGACGCUGGUGUUGGAAAGACAUCAUUUUGUAAGUUUUUAGUUUUAUCGUGGUGUAAGGUUCAAGAGGGAACGACCGAUCUGAAAUCAACGGUUAGUGGCACCCAAAACGUUUCUAGCAUUAUUGAGUAUUUGAAGGAAUUUACUUAUUUGUUUUACAUCAAUUUAUGUGAAAACCAACGCGCUAAAUUAGAGGAUAUCAUUUUCUCGCAUACGGAAUCUGUUGACACAAAGUUAACGCGGGAUAAUAAAGCCUUUGAUAAUAUAUUGUCGAAAGAAAACGGUUUGUUCAUUUUAGACGGCUUAGAUGAAUGUAAAAUUCCCUUGAUAAUGUCUAUGCCUGUAAAUAGAAAGUAUACUGUUCUCAUUACAUCACGUCCUUGGAAACUUGCAAACAUAAGUAUGCCAAGAAAAUAUACACAUGCACAAAUUGAGGUUAUGAAACAAGAUUUGUCCGAACAACUUGUGAAUCUUGCGAACGGAUGUUUGAACAAGCAUUUCAAGACAUCAUAUGAUACAGAUGAUUUCUUAGACGCUGUCAAAACUCAAUGUUUAGAAUCUCAGCUCGAAAAUCCAAUGUUUGCGCUGCAGUUGUUAUGUAUCUAUCACGAUAAACGCAGUGAGAAUAAAACAUGUUCGGUCAAUGCAACCGUUCACAGAUUAUGUUCAGAUUCCGGUACAACGUUAGUACCUCGUCAGACCGAACUGACAUGCCUUGGUAAGACAAGGUCGCAUGUAUACGCAAAUAUGAUAGAACGGAUGUUACGUAGUACCGAAAAGAAGGAGGAAUCACUCGUACAAGAUCUCAGUGAGUAUUACAAGAACAAUGGUCAACCACAUGCACUUCCCGAAUGUUUUGAUGAAAGAAAUUACGCAUGCUGUGGUUUAGCAAAACUAAUUUACGCUAUUGGAAAACUGGCUGCCUAUUCACUCUUAGGCGAUAAUAAAUCUUUAAUGGAAGAACACCAAAUAAGGGAACUUAGGAAAGAUGAAACGACGUUACUUCUCAAAUCUGGACUUCUUUCGAAAACAAGCUUGAAAACUAUAUCAGGAGAGAGCAAUGUGUACACAUUUUUACAUCAGACUUAUAAGGAGAUGCUUGCAUGUGUGUUUCUAUCUUCGCAAGGGUUUGAUAGUGAUAUUUGGAGAAAAUUCAAAGAAAAUUUUGAUUCUGUUGUGUCACCCGAUAUUUUGUCUUUUUUAUGUGUGAUGAACUACGAAAAUGGUCGCAAGUGUUUAGAUACGUUUAAUGAAAGGAAACGGUUGUUUGUUAGAGAUGGCACAUUUUACGAAUCCGAACUAAUUGCAUAUCAAACUACAAUAAAAAUGACCCACAAAGAAUGUUUCGACAACGGAAUUAAAAAGCCACGUAUUUCAUUGAAACACUCACUGCUUAACGCAGAUUUUGGCAUUGGAACUGAUCAUGCACUUUUACAAGAAAGCGCUAUUGAAUUGGAAACACUUUUCAUUAGCAACUAUUCAUUUACUACAGCAAUAGACCAGAACUUUUUCUCAAAUUCAUUGGUGCACUUACUGGUAGACGAUGUUAAGUUUCGCGAUGACCAUAUCGUACUUUCGAAAUGUACACAUCUCUCAUCAUUAACUAUAGAGAACACCCGUCUGUCCCGCGUUACCAUCAAUCCGUCUUCCCUAGAGAUGUUCUGGGUUUACGUGAGGCCUGAAAUGAUACAAGAAAUACCGCCCAUGAAGUUGACCUUUGUUGGCGGGUCGCAAUUCUCUUCCAACCUAAAAAAACUCAGUCUAGUGCACGUGAUCAUGGAUGCUCCCCUUGAUUUGGCAAAUUGUCCGCAAUUACAGAAAUUAGUUAUGAAAAAUACCUCAUCCGAUUCUGUAACAGGUAUAUGCGUUGUACGUAGCAUGCAACGUUGUGAUGCACUUCAGGAACUGCAGCUUGACACAUUGACCUUCCCUGCAGAUACGCACCUGGAUCUCAGUGAAUUAACGUGUUUGACUGAUAUAUCAUUGGUAAGAUUAACGACGGAUAUAACCGUUCAGUUUCCACAAAAUGUGCAUGAAAUAUUCAUAGACGGUGUAACCUUUUGCAAAAAUACACACCUGGAUCUCAGCGGGCUCGUACAUCUCUCAACGAUAUAUAUACAGAAUACCCGUCUGUCCCACGUAACCAUCAACCCAUCUUGUCUAGAGGAGUUCUGGGUUUACGUGAAGCCUGAACUAAUACAAGAAAUACCGCCCGUGAAGUUGUCCUUUGUUGGCGGGUCGCAAUUCUCUUCCAAUCUAAAAAUACUCAGCUUAGUGCACGUGACCAUGGAUGUUCCCCUUGAUUUGGCAAAUUGUCCGCAAUUACAGCAAUUAGGUAUGGGAAAUACCUCAUCCGAUUCUGUAACAGGUAUAUGCGUUGUACGUAGCAUGCAACGUUGUGAUGCACUUCAGAAACUGCGGCUUGGCACAUUGACCUUCCCUGCAGAUACUCACCUGGAUCUCAGCGGUCUCACACAUCUCUCAAACAUAUAUAUACAGAACACCCGUCUGUCCCGCGUAACCAUCAACCCGUCUUCCCUAGAGGAGUUCUGGGUUUACGUGAAGCCUGAACUGAUACAAGAAAUACCGCCCAUGAAGUUGUCCUUUGACGGCGGGUCGCAAUUCUCUUCCAAUCUAAAAGAACUCAGCUUAGUGCACGUGACCAUGGAUGUUCCCCUUGAUUUGGCAAAUUGUCCGCAAUUACAUACAUUAGUUAUAGAAAAUACCUCAUCCGAUUCUGUAACAGGUAUAUGCGUUGUACGUAAUAUGCAACGUUGUAACGCACUUCAGGAACUGCAGCUUUUCCAAUUAACAUUCCCUGUAGAUACGCACCUGGAUCUCAGCGGUCUCACACAUCUCUCAAACAUAACUAUACAGAAUACCCGUCUGUCCCGCGUAACCAUCAACCCGUCUUGUCUAAAGAAGUUCUGGGUUUACGUGAAGCCUGAACUGAUACCAGAAAUACCGCCCGUGAAGUUUUCCUUUGUUGGCGGGUCCAAGUUCUCAAGCAAACUUACGAUGCUAAGCUUAACGAUUGCUGUGAAAAAGGUUGAAUUUGAAGAGGUGAAAAUAGUUAAAGCCCAGCAGCUUGUAACCUUACUGACAUGUACAGAGCCUAUUCAAGCCUCAGACAAUGCUGCAGGCGGAAUGGUCGAACUGCCUGUCGGGCUCCGUGUAUCAGAUAUCAGUUUCUCCGAUUGUCCCGUUCUGGGUUCAACAAAAGAGGAAGUAGAUUCGGCGAUUGAGUGUUUACGACAGGUUUGGGAGAUAAAGGAAUUCAAGAUAGAAACACAACAGUCUAGCAUUUCCAACACCGUCUGCGGUGAAGACAUUAUUAGCGAGAAUCACAUUGUGUUGAAGAGUCUGGCUUUCACGGUGUUUGACGUCAUUGCGAAGAGCCUGGUGUGUAUACUCUACUUCGUACGAGUCAUUCUUGAUGAUAUGUCAACGUACGAGUGUUCUGGCGAUCCGUGCCAAGUCGUCAACGGCACAAAACAAUCUUCAGGUUCAUCUAAGGUCAACUGGCAUGUGAUGUUAUGGGUCCAUCGUCCAAUGUGGCUGUGGGUCAUGCAAGUUGUCCUCUCUGUGAUAACGUUCGUCAAGGGUCUAUUAAAAAUUUAUGUCGCAAAGGGUAAUAGAAGUGAGCAGUUUCUACAAGCCAACUUCAUCCUGGAGGUGUUCAGCUCCGUCCCUUUUAUUGUGACACUGUGCUAUCCUCCGCUGCUACAGAACCUUUUUGUACCGUCAUUUCUAUCAUGUUGGCUUGUGAAGAAAGCUCUCGAUAGAUUACUGAAUGACCUGCAUCGUACUAGACAGCGAUUCCAGACUAUUUCUGUGACACUCUCUCAACAGUGUCUGAUUCUCAUCGCCACGCUUUUCUGUAUGAUCUUUACCACGAUCUGUGGUAUACAGCACAUCCAGCGAGCAAGUGCUGAGGUUCAACUCAACAUGUUCGACGCAGUGUAUUUUGUGAUAGUAACGUUCUCAACUGUGGGUUACGGGGACAUAUCGCCCGAUAUCUGGCCGUCACAAGUGUUCAUGAUCCUAAUGAUCUGUAUAGCAUUUGCCUUUAUUCCGAUGCAGAUCCAGAUGAUAGCCUCCACGAUUGCGGAGCGUAUGAAGUUUGGCAGUGAAUACAGUGAACGACGCGCGGCAGGGUGUAAACAUGUGGUCGUUGUCUCGCGUACCCUACAGACAGACACUGUCAUGGACUUCUUGCUCGAGUUUUAUGCUCAUCCAAAACUAGAGGAACAUGUUGUGGUCUUGAUGGCCUCGGAACUAAUGGAUGUGAACAUGCAAGUGAUCCUGAAGGACCCAAAAUGGUCGCAGCGCGUCGUGUACAUGCGGGGAUCCGUUCUCAAGGAUACAGACCUGAAACGGUGUCGUAUAGCCAGCGCAGAGGCCUGCUUUAUUCUCGCACCUCGUUACAUCAAAGACAGGACACAAGCUGACCAGCACACGAUAUUGAGGUCAUGGGCUGUGAAGGACUUUGCUCCAAAGUGUAAACAGUACAUCCAGCUUUUUAAACCGGAGAACAAAAUCCACGUCAAGUUUGCAGAACAUGUCGUUUGUGAAGAUGAAUUCAAAUACGCGUUAUUGGCGAACAACUGUUUGUAUCCUGGAUUAUCUACCCUUGUAUCGCUGCUGGUUCACACGUCUGGCGGAUUGUAA